AUGGCGCCAACACCUGAUUAUUAUCAUGACCUCGACCGCUCGAUAAUCCUACGACGCAGUCUCACAAACGUCAACCACACUCAAGCAAUCACACUCGGUAUAAUCGCCUUGUACGUGGUCAUAAUCGCUCUGCUAUGGAAUCUGCCCUACGUUCGCUGGUCGCUCUGGCCAUUCAAGAUGUUGGUCAUCGCAUUCCACGAAUUCGGCCACGCCAUAACCGCCGUCUGUACUGGUGGCCGCGUAAAAUCCAUCUCCCUCGACCCCCAUGAAGGCGGCGUGACGCACAUGGUCGGCGGCGCAAGCGCCAUUACUCUGCCCGCAGGCUACUUGGGCUCAUCGCUGAUCGGCGCACUACUCAUAUUCUGUGGCUUUGAUAUUGUGGCUAGCAAGAUCGCAAGUAUUGCUCUCGGAGCUUGUUUCCUGUUGACGCUCUGGUGGGCACGCAAGGAUUGGUUGACGAUUGUCACCAUUUUGGCGGCGGUGGGGUUGUUGGUUGGCUUUUGGUUUAUUGCACAUGCUGAGGCUUUGAGGUUUCUUGUUCUAUUCAUCGGCGUCAUGUCCUGCCUUUACAGCGCAUGGGACAUUUGCGACGACCUCAUCCUCCGCAAAGUCAACACCUCAGAUGCAAGCGUCUUCGCCAAACGCUAUGGUGGCUCCUCGCAAUGCUGGGGCGUGAUUUGGUCCUUGAUCUCGGUGGCAUUUAUGGCUGCUGCGAUUGUUGCGGGGCUGGCGGCUUUUGAACAGAGUUUUGCGCAGCAGGAGAGUGAUUCCAAUCAUUUUAUUCCGACCAAAAUUUGA